CGGAGAGUGAAUCUGACGCCCGUCGGGGGAGCGCACUGGGCGGGCAGGUCGAUGUGAGGACCGGGACGCUUAAAUCUUUUAUCUGAAGAAUGGCUGCUUCGGCGAUAACAGGAUUGGCGUAUCCCCACUAGCUCCUGACCCAUAUUCCCGGGCAAAAAACGUUGUUUGCUUCGCUCCAAAGAAUUAAGUGGGACUCUGUUCUGUGCAGCCGGUUACCGCUGCGCGCAAUCACAGCUCCAGGACCAACGUUGGAGUCGGUGCGCUCUGGCAGAAAGCGUCCAGCCUCCUCAUCUCAGGGCUCUGACAGGAGUCAGUGCUCCUCUCCAUGCCUCCCAACCUCAGAUACCCUCCGUUUUUUGCGGGGAAACCGCUGUAAUCCAGCUUGCAUUUAGUUUUGUUUUGACUCUUUUCUUACUUUUCAUUUGGGGCAGAAAAGAAAAGAAACAAGUAAGUUUUCGUUUGUGUGUCGCACUGGAGGGGAGGAAGAGAUGGCAGCCCCGGUGAAAGCAGCAUUGGCUCUCCUGGUUCUCACCGUGGCAACUGCCUUGUGUGCCGAGGUUGAGGAGCGGCUGGUGAGUCACCUGUUGUCACCGGAGCGCUACAACAAGCUGAUCAGACCGGCUGUCAACAACAGCCAGCAGGUCACCAUUUACAUCCAGGUGUCUCUGGCCCAGCUAAUCAAUGUGAAUGAGAGGGAGCAGAUCAUGACCACCAAUUGUUGGCUCAGUCAGGUAUGGAAUGACUACAGAUUAAUGUGGGACCCUGAGGAGUACGAAGGAAUCAAGAAAAUCCGGCUCCCGUCACAACACAUCUGGCUGCCGGACAUUGUCCUGUACAACAAUGCUGAUGGGACCUAUGAAGUCUCCUUCUACUCCAAUGCUGUGGUCUCCAACAACGGCGAGGUGAACUGGCUCCCACCAGCUAUCUACAAGUCAGCCUGCAAAAUAGAAGUUCGAGAUUUCCCUUUUGACCAGCAGAACUGCACCCUCAAGUUUCGCUCCUGGACGUACGACCACACCGAGAUCGAUCUCAUCCUCCUCAGUGAUUUCGCCUCGCGUGAUGACUUCAAACCCAGCGGUGAGUGGGACAUUGUUUCACUGCCAGGACGCAAGAACGAAGACCCCAAUGACAUCAGGUACCUGGAUAUCACCUAUGAUUUCAUAAUCAAGAGAAAACCUCUGUUUUAUACCAUCAACCUGAUCAUUCCCUGCAUUCUGAUCACGUCGCUGGCUAUUCUGGUUUUCUACCUCCCGUCAGACUGUGGUGAGAAGAUGACCCUCUGUAUCUCUGUCCUCUUGGCCCUGACUGUGUUUUUACUUCUUAUCUCAAAGAUUGUGCCACCCACAUCUUUAGCAGUGCCUCUGAUUGGGAAGUAUCUGAUGUUUACAAUGGUGCUGGUCACCUUCUCCAUCGUCACCAGCGUUUGCGUGCUCAACGUUCACCAUCGUUCUCCCAGUACUCACACUAUGCCUACUUGGGUCAAGCGUGUCUUCUUGUACCAACUCCCUUCCUUCCUCUUCAUGCGGAGACCAGGUAGCUCCAACAUCCGCGAAAAGUUCCGGAAAAAGCACCAGCAGAAGUCGUUCUCUGACCAGAGGCUGCGUGGUGUGGACGGAGGGACUGGAACUCCUCUGGGAAUGGCGGAUUCGUCCUCAUCUUUCUUUGUGAACGAGGAGUCGGCUAAGCGUUACGGCUGGAGGAUCAGCGACUUGUCAGAGAACACAGAGUUCAGGAAGAGGAUGACACUCAAGAGCAACAUCGAUGUGGAGGAUGCUGUUGACGGAGUGCGCUACAUAGCUGACAAAAUGAAGAGCGAGGACGAUGAUGAAGGGAUCAUUGAAGACUGGAAGUACGUGGCGAUGGUGAUUGACCGCCUCUUCCUCUGGAUAUUUGUGUUGGUGUGUGUGGUCGGCACGUUGGGCCUCUUCAUGCAGCCUCUGUUCCAGAGUUACAACACCCCUAUCGUUGAUGACGUGGAACAUACCUCUGAAACCUGAACUUUGAUCUAAACAUUAUCCAGACAUGAACUUCAAGUCCCCCAAGAAUAAGAGCUCUGUCAACAUUUUCACACAUAAACUCACAUGUCUGCCCCCCCAACACACGCUCACUGGGAAAUUAUUAUUAUUAUGCACUUUAGCCCUCUACCACCACCUUUUCCCCUCUUUACUACCAACCCUUUCCCUCUUCUUCCUCCAUGUGUCCUGCCGUUCUUUCAUGUCAAUCCCAGACAAACUGGAUAAACGUAUUUAAGUUAACUUAAAAAUAGAUAAUUCUGGUACAUAAUGACUUGUUCACUUUUUACAGUUUUGCCCUCAUGACAGAUCUUGGAACAUUCCAGAAUUGCUGACACCAAACCGAGCAGAAAAUCUGCAGUUCCUUAAAAUGCCCCGUGAGGUGAGGAGAGUUAAUCCCCACAGAAGUCUAUGUUAUAUUGCCCUUCUUUCAACAGAAUAAGUUUCUAAUUCUCACAGGUGUGACAACUGUCUUGCAGUUCUGCAUAUAGUUAUGCAUGAAUAAGAUGCAUAAAGUGUGUUGUCUUCAUUUCAGCCAAUUGGAGUUAUUUAAUUUGGUAUCCACCUUUGUGUUCAGCGAUUUCAUCUUCGGCUGCAUAAAAAUAUUAUAUAGCAGACAAAUACCAAAGCUGGAUCCUUAAUACAAAUGGGUACGUCAAAUUUGUAUAUGCAGUCAGCGCCACAACCCACCUUUUUUGAGGGUUAUAUUAGUAUUCGUAUUUUUGCUUUUAAUGGAUAAUUGCUUUAGAGAAGAUAGGAAACAAGGGGAUGGGAGACGGAGUUUGACUUGCAACAAAGGUUGCUGGCCGAGCGUUCAACAUAGAACACCUUACUAUUUUUGUAACUGUUCAUAAAUAAUUUACUGUGUGCAGUCACAUUAUGAUGAAUAGAAACACUGGCCAAAUCUAGGAAAAGAAGACUUGAGUUACAAUGAUCCAGAAUUACCUUUUUUUACAAGUUGCUUUAUUUAGAAAGCAAAAAAACAUAAUCUACCUGAAAUGGUCAAAUGAAAGUGUGUUUACCUCUAUCACUGUUCACCAAGGUUUACCUGGCCAACCACAACUCAGGACUUUGUUUUGUUUAGAACUGACUUAGUUUUGCUCUGUUUUUUUUAUUUUCCUGUGUUUAAUUUAAAUUCUUAUUGCCCUUAACACUAUUGUAGGGACGAGCAUGCAUACUACAAAGCUCUGCCUUUUUUAUUUUUUAUAUUGGUUGACUGCAAGUGAGAAAGAGCCCCAAGAGGAACAAAGCCACAGAUACUCACAGGCAAACUCAUCUUGCAGAUAUAUGCACUACAUAAACAUCACAUUCCCUGAGGAAAAAAAAGAUGAAUCUUUUGCAUAGAAGAAGAUCACCUCCCAGCGUCCUUUUUGCCAACAGCACACACUGUAGGAGUUUCUCAUAUUUGCCUUGACAAUGUGUCAGAGAGGACACAAAAUAACAGACUGAUGGACUGCUCAAGUAAUAAUGGACGGGUGCAAGUAGGAUGGCCAGCCUGUUAUUAUUCACAAACACACCUUGCUGCCAUUAGCAUGGCAUUCAAAAGCAGAAAUGCUAAGAAUAAAGAUUCCAGUAGUAGUUUAAAAAGGAAGAAAAUGAACAUAAAACCAAUGACCAUUAGGCUGUUCCUAAUCACAUGCUUUGUUUAAAGGUAUAGUGCGCUGGUUUCAUCAAAGCAGUGCUUGUCAGCAUCCACAAAGAAAACCAGCAGCAAUAAUAAUGUACAGUAUUUUGUACUCACUGACCGAUGACAUACAAGCCAAACAAUUGCUUUUCCUUCCUUCAUGUUGUAUGCUUGAUUAUUGCAGUUUGUAUUCAGAGAUGUUACUUGAAAACAAUAAUUAUUUCUAAGAGGUAUUAUAACUUUUCACCUUCUUAACACACCGGCCUGUCACUGCUUCCAGCAUCAAGGAAACGGUGUACUGUACUGAUCCAGCUUAAUCAUUUUGUGUUUUUAUUUUUCAGUGGAUGAAAUGAAGCAUAAUUUCUCUUCUGUGUUAUGUUGUGGGACAUGUUGAGUUUUGUCUGUUUGGACAAUAAAUGCUGAGACUUGCCUAAAGAGUUUGUGUUGGAGAUGAUGUCUUGAUAAGUGGAUCAAUAAAGGGCAAAGAAAGAAACAAGCAGACUUAAAGAAAUGCGACAUGUAUUGUUCAUCCUGGGCUGCUGUCUUUCAUUUAGCAUUAAAAAAACAUGUCUCAG